UCGCUGCGGACCGUCAUGGCGGGCGGCGUGCGCCUGUGGGCGCUGCUGCUGCCGCCGCUGCUGGUGGUGGCCGCCGUGUACGAGGACCAAGUGGGCAAGUUCGAUUGGAGACAGCAGUAUGUGGGAAAACUCAAGUUUGCCUCUUUGGAAGCCUCGCAAGGCUCCAAGAAGCUUAUUGUGGCUACGGAGAAAAACGUGAUGGCUGCUUUGAAUUCCAGAAAUGGGGAAAUCUUGUGGCGCCACGUGGAUAAAGGGACUCCUGAAGGAGCUAUAGAUGCCAUGCUGAUCCACGGACAGGAUGCCAUUACGGUGUCCAAUGGCGGGCGUAUUCUGCGUUCCUGGGAGACGAACAUUGGAGGACUGAACUGGGAAACAUCACUGGACACUGGCAGUUUCCAGAUGGCUAGUUUAGUAGGUCUGCAGGAUGUGGCAAAGUAUGUGGCUGUCCUGAAGAAGUCUGCCCUCUCACUUCAUUACCUUUCCAAUGGACACCAGAAAUGGGUGGAGCAUUUACCAGAAAGUGAGAGUGCCCAGUACCAGCUGUUGUAUUCCUAUGGAACCGGGGUGAUAUAUUCCGUUGGAUUUGUUUCUCAAAGCCAUUUGAAUGUUUUGACCUUCAGCCUGGAGGAUGGAGACAUUUCAAAACAGAUAAGAGUUUCAGUCCCCUGGAUGAAGAGCCUGAGUGGUGCCUGUAAUGUCAUAGGGGAGGCAGUGCUGGUGUGUGUGGACACCGAUACACAUUCACUCUAUGCUCUAUCUCUGGAAACUGAACAUGAGAUGAAACAAAUCCCGCUACAGUCACUUGACCUGGAAUUUGCUGACAGAUUUCACCCAAGGAUAUUAACCACCCAACCCAGUCCUGUCAGUGUCUCCCGGACUCAAUUUUUCCUGCAGCUAUCUUCAAGUCGCUUCACAUUGCUGCAGUACAAACAUGGGCUGCUAAGUCACCUCCGGGACUUCCAGCAGGCAACUUUGGUGAGUUUUGCAACAACUGGGGAGAAGACUGUGGCUGCUGUCCUGACUUGCAGGAAUGAAGUGAAAUCUGCAAGUCCGGAUGGCCUUCAUACUGGAAACACUUUGGGACAUCCCCAUACGCCGGAAUUCCCAGCCUGUUCCAACCACACCUACAAUAUUAACCUCUAUUUGGUUGAAACUGGGCAAAGACUGCUGGAAACCACAAUAACCUUCAACUUCGAGCAAAGUGGUGCCAGGCCUGAGCAGCUAUACAUCCAAGUCUUUCUGAAGAAAGAUGACUCUGUGGGCUACCGAGCUCUGGUGCAAACAGAAGACCACAUGCUUGUGUUCCUCCAGCAGCCAGGAAAAGUUCUGUGGAGCAGAGAGGAAUCGUUGGCAGAAGUAGUAAGCUUGGAGAUGGUGGAUCUACCCCUGACAGGUGCACAGGCUGAGCUGGAAGGGGAGUUUGGAAAGAAGGCAGCCAUUCAAGAUGGCUUGCUGGGGAUGUUUCUGAAGCGCCUGUCCUCCCAGCUCAUCCUGUUGCAGGCCUGGACUGCUCACCUCUGGAAGAUGUUCUAUGAUGCCAGAAAGCCACGGAGCCAAAUUAAGAAUGAGAUCAAUAUUGACAAUUUGGCUAGAGAUGAGUUCAACCUGCAAAAAAUGAUGGUGAUGGUGACAGCCUCAGGAAAGCUCUUUGGCAUUGAAAGCAGUUCUGGCACCAUCCUGUGGAAGCAAUACCUGAAGAACGUGAGGCCUGGCUCUUCCUUUAAACUCAUGGUUCAGAGAACUACAGCCCACUUCCCACACCCUCCACAAUGUACACUGCUUGUUAAAGACAAGGAGACCAAGAUGAGCUCCCUCUAUGUCUUCAACCCCAUCUUUGGGAAGCGAAGUCAGGUGGCUCCCCCAGUUCUAAAGCGCCCAAUCCUUCAGACUUUGCUUCUGCCCAUCAUGGAUCAAGACUAUGCCAAAGUGCUACUUCUGACUGAUGAUGAAUUCAAGGUUACAGCUUUCCCUGCAACUAAAAAUGUCCUCCGCCAGUUAGAAGAAAUAGCUCCCUCCAUAUUUUUUUACUUAGUGGAUGCUGAUCAGGGCAAGCUCUCUGGAUUCAGGCUGCGAAAGGAUUUGACGACAGAGGAGAGCUGGGAGAUGACCAUAUCGGCUGAAGUACAGAGGAUAGUGACUGUGAAGGGAAAGAGGUCCAAUGAGCACGUGCACUCACAGGGCCGUGUGAUGGGUGAUCGUAGUGUCCUCUACAAGUCUUUGAAUCCUAACUUGCUCGCAGUGGUGACCGAGAGCACGGAUACACAUCACGAGCGCACCUUCAUUGGAAUCUAUCUGAUUGAUGGGGUCACAGGCCGGAUCAUCCACUCUUCUGUGCAGAAGAAAGCAAAAGGACCUGUCCACAUUGUCCAUUCAGAAAACUGGGUGGUGUACCAAUACUGGAACACCAAGGCACGCCGGAAUGAGUUCACUGUGUUAGAGCUGUAUGAAGGGACGGAGCAGUAUAACGCCACAGCCUUCAGCUCCCUCGACCGCCCAUUCUUGCCUCAAGUCCUCCAACAGUCCUAUAUCUUUCCGUCUGCCAUCAGUGCCAUGGAGGCCACCAUCACUGAACGUGGAAUCACUAGCCGUCACUUGCUCAUUGGGCUUCCCUCUGGGGCAAUUCUUUCGCUUCCGAAGGCUCUGCUGGAUCCUCGACGCCCAGAGAUCCCUACAGAACAAAGCAGAGAAGAGAACUUGAUUCCCUAUUCCCCAGAUGUGCAAAUCCAUGCUGAGAGGUUUAUCAACUACAAUCAAACUAUAUCUCGAAUGAGAGGGAUUUAUACAGCCCCUUCAGGUCUGGAGUCUACAUGCCUGGUUGUUGCUUUUGGGCUGGACAUCUACCAAACCAGAGUCUACCCGUCCAAGCAGUUUGACGUUCUGAAAGAUGAUUAUGACUACGUGCUGAUAAGCAGCGUCCUGUUUGGACUGGUUUUUGCCACUAUGAUUACAAAGAGACUUGCUCAGGUGAAGCUGCUGAACCGUGCGUGGCGGUAAGCAGACGGGUGAAGGGGACACCGAGACUGGAAAAGAGGCUGACUGGGAUUUUGAGUAGCUGAUCAUCUCCAGGAGCGCACACCAUAAAUCAGCUUAAAUACAUGUUACAAAACGCACGGCUGUGAAGGAGGCAGGGAUUUAUAUCACAGUUCUGCUGGGGGAGAUUUAAAGGGAGGAGCUGCCAGUAGAGGAAAUGUUUAAUACCUCUAGGGAGAUUUCCUUUCCAGGACAAGACAUUUUAAUGAGAUUAAAAAGAUUCAUCAGUCAGCCCAAGACGUCACUGAAUCAGUCUGGAAAAAGAACCACCUAUGACAGUUUUCUUCAAAGCCCCAGAAUUUGGUGACUCCAUUAUUUUUCCAGAAGCACUUUCCCCAACCUUUAACAGAGAUUAAUGCCAAGAUAUUAAGGAUGUAUGUUUUUCCCCUCUAGUUUGGGGUGUACUUCCAGACCACAUGAUGGCUUGCCUCUUACCUGCCCCCAGACACAACUAAAAUCUUGGUAAGAAGGAGGAUCCCUUCAUUAAUACCUGCUGUAGUAAGAAAAUCAGAGUUUGUAAAUGUGUGAGCUACUGUACGUGGGGCAUGAGAAGAGGGGAUAUUGGGUAAGUUUGCCAGGAGAAUAUCUAAAUGAUGCACGCAAAUACAUGCUAACUGAUCAGCUUGUUUAAAGAAAUUGCAAUGACACAAGGGGGAGUUUGAGGGAAGAUACUGGUGAAUAAAACUUUUCCAUAGCCUUUAUUUAUUGCAACUGCACCAUAUGGCCCUUCCUGCUUUUUAGUUUAUUAAAUGUUUGCACAACACAGACCUCAUUGCUUGAAUGUUCCUGGGGAUAUGUUUCUCUGGUUAAAAAAAAUAUUUUGAUGUGUGAGAGCAAACAUGAAAUGCCAGUUGCCUUGAACUGCAUCUGUAAACACCCUGCGUUCACAUUGAAUAACUAAGUGAUAACAUGAAACUGGGUUGAAGAAUGUUGGGGGGGGGGGUUGUUUUGUUUGUCUGGAGGUUUUUUUUAGAGUGAAGAGACUUGCAAUUUAUUUUCUUUCCAUGUAUCAUGGAUGGUCAUUCUUGGCAUGAAUUUUAAUAUUCUAAUUUUCAAGUUUAUAAGUUGUUCUUGGCACAACUUGUUGGAAUAUUAAAGGUAUUUCAACAUAGCCCAAUGCAGCACUAUGCAGAAAUACCCAAACGAGCUCAGGUACUAGAAGCAGUGUAGCUUCCUCAAUGUAGUGCUCCGUUUGGGCUAAUUGUCACUUCCCUAGUAUAAGUAGCCUGGGUGGAGUGCCUCACUAAUGCAGCUGUACUGUAUCUGAUAAUCAAAUAACCUUGGUUAGAAAUAGCAUUGCUAUGGUACUGCACUGUGCUGUACAAACAUACCCCAAGUGUUCACACUUACGUUGGGCAGCCUGUGUGCUGAAAUGGUUGCAGCUUCAAACACUGAGCCGAAGGGCUUUGCUGCUUUGGAAGGAGCCUGUGUUUGAGGUAUGCUGGAGCGGGGUGUAACCAGAUGGCCAGUAUCUGUAACAAACUUGAUUUUGUUUUCAACUGUGAAAGCGGUCUGCAGUUGUGUUGCAUUGCCUGGAGGACUGUGGGAUCAGCCCUUUGUAUCCACGUGCAGGUGAUUAAAUAAAAGCAGUUUGAUCAGUA